AUGGAGGAGGCAGACACCCAUGACUACCCCUCCUGCACUGUUAAGCAAGCUUCAGUUAGCUCGAAGAGCCAGAACGGUAGUGGAAAUGGCAAUGGCAAGCAUGAGGUCGAAGCCUAUGGCCUCGGUCCACGUGACAAUGAAGUCGACCACGAAGCUAUGGGUGGCCUUUCUCUUCAAGGUGAUGAGCCUCAGACAAUUUCAUCUGCUGAGGAGAACCCCGAGGAGGUCCGGUCCUUGGCUUCUGCUUCUGAUCAUGAUAAAUGA